CAUUACAAAUAAAUACUAAAGCAUUAAGCAUCCACUCCUUUUUAAAACAACUCUUCGUUUUGAGUAAACCGGAUUUUCUCCGGUUUUAAACAACGUAUGGCCUUCUCCUUCGCUCCAUUGCCUUUAUCACACCCUGAAGAGAUACACCAUGACCUUUCCCCGUUUAUACUUAUCCAUAAAAAUGGUCGUAUUGAACGACUAGUCGGAGAAGAGACCACCCCUCCCUCAACCGAUCACACCACCGGAGUUCUCUCCAAAGAUGUCCAAAUCUCACCGGAAACAGGCCUCUCCGCCAGAAUCUAUUUGCCAGGAGCUAUUACCUCCCAAGAACAUAAACUCCCUGUCCUUAUUUACUUCCACGGUGGUGGUUUCGUUGUUGGAACAGCCUUCAGUGCCAUGUUCCAACCCUUCCUUAACAGGCUUGCUUUGGAAGCACAAACCAUCAUCGUUUCUGUUGAUUACAGAAGCGCCCCCGAACAUCUCUAUCCAACUCAAUACGAUGAUUCUUGGGAAGCCAUCAAAUGGGCUGCUUUUCAUGCAACAACAAAUGGCAUGGAGUCAUGGCUUAAUGACUAUGCUGAUUUUGAACGUCUCUUCUUUGGUGGGGAAAGUGCUGGUGGAAACAUAGCUCACCAAAUGGGGAUGCGGAUUGGGUUAGGAAAAGACUUGGAUGCUUUUGGUGAUCGAGUGAAGCUUUCUGGGAUUAUCUUGAUCCAUCCAUACUUCUGGGGAGAAACACUAAUUGGUGGUGAGGUGAAUGCUGAUGUUAAGGAAAGAAAUAUCUUAGAAAAACUAUGGCGGGUAAUGAACCCAUCAUUUAGCAGUUUGGAUGACCCGUUAAUAAACCCGUCAAAAGACCCGACUCUUUGGAUGUUAGGGUGUGAAAAGGUACUUGUUUCUGUGGCUGAGAAAGAUUUGUUGAGGGAUAGAGGACGCUACUAUUAUGAAGUUCUGGGGAAAAGUGGAUGGAAUGGGCGAGUAGAUAUAAUUAAAGCCAAAGGAGAGGGACAUGCUUUCCAUUUGUUUCCACCUUUUCGUGAAAACGCAACAACUUUGUUCAAGAGUAUGUGUUCUUUCAUCAAUGGGGACGAGUAAGCGUACGUACAGAGUGGUUAUAACAUGUUUUAAUCCUAGUAAAUAAAUGAGUGGUAAAAACAUGUCUAUGAAUAAAGGUGUGUUCCUUUUAGAUUUUGUUUUUCCAUGGACUUUGUAUAUGCUCAAAAUUACUUUUUGAAGCGAUAGAAUAAAUAAACGAGACUAAAUGAAAUAUAUUUCGAUUA